AUGAAGACGACCAAAGAGAUCAGUGUCUCGCUCGCGCAGGAUGCGUCCGACAUGGAUGCCGACGAGAGAGAGAGAAAUGCUGACCGACCAGGCCACAAGCAAGAACUGGAGCGCCACUUCAGCAUCGUCUCGCUGAUCGGCCUCGCUUCCACGACGACCAUCUCAUGGACAGGACUCGGAUUAAGUAUCGUGACCGAGAUAAAUGCGGGGGGGCCAAGCGCGAUAAUCUAUGGGUUUAUCUUGGUGACGAUCAUGCAGUCGUUCCUCGGUGCAUCUCUGGCCGAGUUCGUCUCCAGCUACCCAACCGAGGGAGGCAUGUACCACUGGAUCGCAGCCAUUGCGCCCAGAAGGUUGAGCGCAUUCUUGAGCUUCGUUACCGGCUGGUUGACAGUGGCUGGCUUGCAGGCACUAUAUUCGCUCUACCACGCGGACGUGGCGAUUCAGACAUGGCAGACGUUUAUCAUCUACCAGAUCCUCAACAUCCUCACAGCCUCUGUUGUCCUGUUUGGGAACCGAAUCAUCCCGUCCCUCAACAAAUUUUCUCUCUUCUAUCUCCAGAUCGGCUGGUUUGUCGUCCUCGUCACAGUGGUCGCGUGCGCUCCGACGCACCAGAGCAAAGAAUUUGUCUUCCGGACCUGGAUCAAUAAUACCGGCUGGGAUAACAAUGCCAUUUGCUUCAUCACUGGCCUCGUUAAUCCACUAUACAGUCUGGGUGGCCUGGAUGGGAUCACGCAUAUAACGGAAGAAAUGACCAAUCCCUCGCGCAACGCGCCGUUGGCAAUUGGGAUAACUCUGACUAUCGCAUUUAUCACCGGCCUCAGUUAUCUCAUUGCCCUCAUGUUCAGCGUCCAGGAUUUCGCCGCGUUGUCGGAUACCAAAACCGGCCUGCCUCUGACCGAACUGUUUCGCCAGGUGACCGAGUCCGUCGGUGGUGCCUUUGGGCUGACCUUCAUCCUCUUCAUUGCGUUGGGCCCUUGCGUGAUCUCGUCCCAACUGUCCUCGUCCCGUGUUCUGUGGGCCUUCGCUCGUGACAGCGCGAUGCCGUUCUCCAAUACAUGGGCCCGGGUCAGCAAGAGAUUCGGCAUUCCGUUCAACGCGCAGCUCUUGGUCGCCGCUGCCAUUGCAGCCCUUGGCUGUCUCUACCUGGGCAGUAGCACCGCGUUCAACAGUAUGUUGGGUGCUGCAGUCACCAUCAACAAUGUUGCGUACCUGAUUCCAAUCUCCACUAACAUGCUGACUAGCCGCGCCAACAUGCAUCGAGGAUCAUUCCACAUGGGCAAAUGGGGCUGGCUCGUCAACAGUGUCACAGUCGGAUGGCUUCUGUUUGCCAUCAUCUUCUUCAGCUUUCCAUACAACAUGCCAGUCACGGUGGAGAAUAUGAACUACACCUGUGUUGUGGUGGGUGGGAUACCUAUUCUCAUUUUGGUCUGGUGGUUCAUAGGCAACAAACAGUACAAGGACAAGAUCGCGCGUGCCAAGGAGGAGUAA